AUGGUGGCAGUGGACCUCCAAGGGCUGCCUGAAGAGGGGCGGAACUACCAUCAGUUGCGUCGGCCCUCCAUGGAAGGGGGGCACCACCAGCUGUGUCGGCCCUCCAUGACCCCGUGCCCGAGCAGGGGGCUGCCCCAGAACCGUCCCCAGCAGACACGCAAAAAGCUCCAAGUCAUCAUCUUCAUCCUGCUGGUGGAGCUGUUUGAGAGGUUCACCUUCUUUGGGAUUGUGUGUAACAUGAUCCUGUUCUGUACGGUGAAGCUGGGCUAUGAUCACUACCAGGCUGCUACCGUUAACCUGUGCUUUGUGGGGGCCAGUACACUCACUCCUGUGAUGGUGGGAUGGUUUGCUGAUACCUGCCUUGGGAGAACCAAGGUGCUCUACUUGUGUACUCUGCUCCAUCUCUUUGGCACAGCCAUGCUCCCAGUGGUGGCGUUCCCGUUCGAGGACUUCUACAUCGACACGCACAACAUGAUUCACCAGAUGGAGCACCGGGAGCAGCACAUCCUGUUCUACACUGGCCUGCUUGCAGCUGCCCUGGGCAUCGGGGGCAUCCGUGCCAUCCUCUGUCCCAUGGGGCCAUACAAACUACAGGGCUACGACCAGCACCAGCUACUCUCCUUCUUCAACUGGUUCUACUGGCUGGUGAACCUGAACUCGACGAUAGUGUUUUUGGGUAUCGCCUACAUCCAGCAGUCAGUGGCCAACAACCUGGGCUUCCUCAUCCCCUUCAUGUCUGUGCUGCUGAUGCUCAUCGCCAUACACAUGGUCCGCAACAACCUUAUCUUCAGGCCCAAGAAAGGCAGUUCCCUGCUGACCACUCUGGGUGUGUUCCUGAACUCUCUGAAGAUGUGCUGCCUGCACUACCGCCACCUGAGUGGAGAUGUAGCCAGCUGGCUGGACCGCGCCAAGGAGAACAACGGGGGGUGCUACAGUGAGACACACGUGGAGAACGUCAAGGUCCUGGCAAGGCUCUUCCCCCUGUACGGCUUGCAGAUACUGUACCGCGCCUGCAUCACUCAGAUUCCAUCAGGUUACUACAUUCAGACCAUGAACUCUAACCUGCACCUGAAUGGCUUCCUCCUGCCCAUCGGUGCCAUGAACCUCAUCAGCAUCCUACCUCUGCUGCUGCUAGCCCCUCUCAUGGAGUGUGUCACCUCCUGCUACCUGUCCAUGGAGAAAACACCCUUCUCCCCCUCCAGAGUCAUCACACUGGGUCAUGCCUGUGCAGCUCUGUCUGUCCUGGUAGCUGGCCUGUUUGAGGUCCACAGGAAGGGCUAUCCUCUGACGGAGCAGGCCCUGUCAGGGAAGGUGCUGCAGGUGUCCUCCAUGGCCUGCAUCCAGCUGGCUCCCCAGUACAUCCUACUGGGUCUGGCUGAGGCCCUUGUCACCCCCUCCUGCUCUGUGAUCUCCUUCCACCUGACACCCAGUCAUAUCAGAGGCAUCUCCCUGCACUUCCUCACCCUGUCCUACGGAGGGGGCUGUUUCCUGGGAGCCCUCAUCAUCCAGCUGGUCUACCUACUCUCUGGAGGUAACUGGUACCCAAACACCCUGCAUGAAGGGAAUCUGGAGCAUUUCUUCUUCUUCUUAGCCAUGUUGAUGACCAUAAACACUCUGGUGUUCUGGUGGAUAUCUUACAGGUACCUAGACCUGAGUGUGAUGCAGAGUAGAGGAGUAGGAAGCAGCCUCCUGGCAGAGAAGCUACUGCAGUACAAGACCUGCCUGCGAUUCUACGACACCAUGGAACGCCCCUCCACAACAGCCUCCAUAGAAACAGUGUUGUGACCUCUACACUACCUUCAUCCCCUGUAGAGCUGGAGUUCCACUUGGUUUAUUUAUGUACACUACAUGACCAAAAGUAUGUGGACCCCUGCUUGUCAAACA